AUGUUGGGGGCCCGCCUCAGGCUCUGGGUCUGUGCCUUGUGCAGCGUCUGCAGCAUGAGCGUCCUCAGAGCCUAUCCCAAUGCCUCCCCACUGCUCGGCUCCAGCUGGGGUGGCCUGAUCCACCUGUACACAGCCACAGCCAGGAACAGCUACCACCUGCAGAUCCACAAGAAUGGCCAUGUGGAUGGCGCACCCCAUCAGACCAUCUACAGUGCCCUGAUGAUCAGAUCAGAGGAUGCUGGCUUUGUGGUGAUUACAGGUGUGAUGAGCAGAAGAUACCUCUGCAUGGAUUUCAGAGGCAACAUUUUUGGAUCACACUAUUUCAACCCGGAGAACUGCAGGUUCCAACACCAGACGCUGGAAAACGGGUACGACGUCUACCACUCUCCUCAGCAUCACUUCCUGGUCAGUCUGGGCCGGGCCAAGAGAGCCUUCCUGCCGGGCAUGAACCCACCCCCGUACUCCCAGUUCCUGUCCCGGAGGAACGAGAUCCCCCUACUUCACUUCAACACCCCCACACCACGGCGGCACACCCGGAGCGCCGAGGACGACUCGGAGCGGGACCCCCUGAACGUGCUGAAACCCCGGGCCCGGAUGACCCCGGCCCCGGCCUCCUCCUGCUCACAGGAGCUCCCGAGCGCCGAGGACAACAGCCCGAUGGCCAGCGACCCAUUAGGGGUGGUCAGGGGCGGUCGAGUGAACACGCACGCUGGGGGAACGGGCCCGGAAGGCUGCCGCCCCUUCCCCAAGUUCAUCUAG